UCACCCUUGGACAGGAUGGAAGAAGAUGAACUGGAAUGUUUAAAUCCAUCCUCGGAAAAACGCUAUUUUCCCGAGUCCCUGGAUUCCAGUGAUGAGGAUGGCGAGGGAGCCUUGGCCUGUGAGGACCUGGAACUGAACCCCUUUGAUGGACUGCCAUUUUCUUCACGUUAUUACAUACUCCUGAAGGAACGAGAAGACCUUCCGAUCUGGAAGGAGAAAUACUCCUUCAUGGAGAAUCUGCUUCAGAGCCAAAUUGUGAUUGUCUCCGGAGAUGCCAAGUGUGGCAAGAGCUCUCAGGUUCCUCAGUGGUGUGCUGAAUAUUGCCUCUCCAUCCACUACCAGCACGGGGGCGUGAUCUGCACCCAGGUCCACAAACAGAUGGCCGUCCAGCUUGCCCUCCGGGUAGCCGAUGAGAUGGACGUCAACAUUGGCCAUGAAGUUGGCUACGUCAUCCCUUUCGAAAACUGCUGCACCAGUGAAACCAUCCUGAGGUACUGUACUGAUGAUAUGCUGCAAAGAGAGAUGAUGUCCGAUCCUUUCCUGGGGAACUACGGGGCCAUCAUCCUAGACGACAUCCAUGAAAGAAGCAUUGCAACCGACGUGUUACUUGGACUUCUGAAGGAUGUUCUGCUGGCACGGCCAGAACUGAAGCUCAUCAUUAACACCUCACCCCUGCUGACCAGCAAACUCAGCUCGUAUUACGGAAACGUGCCUCUCAUACAAGUGAGAAACACGCACCCCGUGGAGGUUGUGUACCUCAGUGGGGAUCACAAGGACACGUUUGAGUCCAUCUUGCGCCUUAUCUUUGAAAUCCACCACUCCGGUGAGAAGGGCGACCUGGUGGUCUUUCUGGCCUGUGAACAGGAUAUUGGGAAGGUCUAUGAAAUUGUCUGUCGCGAGGGCUCUAACUUAAACCCAGAUCUUGGAGAACUUCUGGUGGUGCCGUUGUAUCCACAAGAGAGAUGCACCCUGUUCAAGCCCAACGAGGACACUGAGAAAAGUGGCCAGGUGUCUCAGAGAAGAGUUGUGCUGACCACCAGCUCCGGGGAGUCUCUGAUCUGUAGCAACACUGUCCGAUUCGUCAUCGACGUGGGAGUGGAGAGAAGAAAGGUGUACAACCCCAGAAUCCGAGCCGACUCGCUGGUGACGCAGCCCAUCAGCCAGAGCCAAGCAGAGAUCCGCAAGCAGAUUCUCGGACCCUCGUCUUCAGGCAAGCUCUUCUGUCUGUACUCUGAAGACUUUGCCUCGAGAACCAUGAAGCCCCUGCAGCCGGCAGAAAUGCAGGAGGCCAGCCUGACCAGCAUGGUGCUCUUCAUGAAGAGGGUGGACAUCGCUGGCCUGGGCCACUGCGACUUCAUGAACCAGCCAGCACCAGAAAGCCUAAUGCAGGCUCUGGAGGACUUGGACUACCUGGCAGCGCUGGACAAUGACGGGAACCUCUCCGAGUUUGGGAUCAUCAUGUCCGAGUUCCCUCUGGACCCGCAGCUCUCCAAGGCCAUCCUGGCAUCCUGUGAAUUUGACUGUGUCGACGAGAUGCUGACCAUCGCUGCAAUGCUGACAGCCCCUGACUGCUUCUCCCAGCUGCCGCGUGGCUCGGAGGAGGCAGCCCUGAGCUGCUGGAAGACCUUUCUCCAUCCCGACGGCGAUCACUUCACUCUCAUCAAUAUCUACAAGGCCUACCAGGACACAGCAUUGCACGCCUCCAGUGAGCACUGUGUAGAGAGGUGGUGUCAGGACCACUUCCUCCACUGGCCGGCUCUCAGAGCAGCAGACGCCAUCCGCAGUGAGCUCACUGACAUCAUCCGGCGCAUUGAGCUGCCCUAUGCGGAGCCAGCCUUUGGCGCCCAGGAGAACGUCCUGAACAUCAAAAAGGCGCUUCUGUCCGGCUACUUUGUGCAGAUUGCUCGGGAUGUCGACGGGUCUGGCAACUACCUAAUGCUGACGCACAAGCAGGUGGCCCAGCUGCACCCCCUGUCUGCCUACGCGCUCAGCAGGAAGCUGCCAGAGUGGGUCCUCUUCCACAAAUUCAGCAUCGCCGAGAACAACUACAUCAGGACCACCUCCGAGAUCUCUCCUGAGCUGUUUAUGCAACUGGUGCCGCAGUAUUACUUCAGUAACCUGCCUCCGAGCGAGAGCAAGGACAUCCUCCAGCAGGCCGUGGACCGGCUGACACCCAUGUCCACAGCAAACAGAGACCAGAAGAUGUAUGACAAGUGCCCUGAAGCCACUGCUGAGCAAAGAUGCGCCAUCCAGUGA